AUGCAGGAGCGAGCCCCGGGAAUCAGAGGGGAGCUGAAAGACCUAGGGUCAACUAACGACGGUCGACACGCGGUGAGGCCCUCAUCAGAUGUCGGUGCGGGUGGUCCUCGUCGGCUGGUGGCGGUGACACUGGUGCUGGUACUGGUGCUGAUAUUGUUGCUGGUACUGGUACACUGGUACUGGAAGUAUAGCUGCAUUGCAACCUUGGCCCACGUGGAACAGCACUCCGCCAUGAAAAAACUUACUGGGCACUACAAACCGAGCGACCAGAGCCAGUGCAUGGCGACCGGUCUGGCGGGGCUGUACGGCGGAUGA